AUGUGUGAGUGUGAGUACAUGCAUGUGUGUUCCUUUACAAUUUAUUACAUAACAUGUGGGCAACAUAGAUUUGUCUAUAUUAGCCAAACUGUUUGUACAAUUUGUCCAGCUGCAAGUUUAGUCUGUUUUUGCAUUGUAAAAAGGAGAAAUAGUCAUUUGAAUGCAGUCCAGAUUUGCCUACAGGUGUUCAGUUGCUGGUUUAUACAGUGGCCCACUAAUGUCAAGAGUCCAGACACUCCAGCGAAGAUGAGGGAGACACUGGUGGUUGUUCUCUGGGUGGUCUUCAGCGGACUAGCCCACGGAGCGAACAGGACACAUGUCUUUGUGGACAUUCUAAAGCCUUGGGUGGAGGCUAGGGAUUACUGUAGAGACAAUUACGAUGACCUGUCCACCAUAACAAACGUUCAGGAAAAUUAUAUCCUGCAGAGUUUAAUGAAGAAGCAUGGUGUUUCUUAUAGCUGGAUUGGUCUAAAUAAAUAUGUAAGUGUCAGCUCUUCUCGGCUGCUCGCAGAUCUAUUCUGGAAUUGGGCAAAUGGAGAUCGGUUUGUUUAUAAGAACUGGGCCCCUGGAGAGCCUAACUUUGAUGAAAAGUGUGCAGAGCUCCAUGAAGAUGGGCUGUGGAACAACAGGGGUUGUGACCACACAAGGACGUUCUUCUGUUCCGAGUCGAAGUGGAUCUCUGGGGAGAUCGUCCUGGUGACCGAGAAGAUGACCUGGGAGGAGGCACUUCUCUACUGCAGGGAGAAGUACACAGACCUGGCUAGCCUGCUCACCGACAAAGAGGCGGCCCGGGCAGACGCGACAGCCGGCGCGGCCCAUACCGCCCAGGUGUGGACCAGCCUGCGCUUCCUGGCAGACGCGUGGCUGUGGGUGAGUGAGACCAAGCAGAAGUUUACCCAGGGCUCCCUGCCCAGCUGCCCGGUCCAACACCACAGCUGUGGGGCUCGGAGUCCUAACGAUGGCCGCUGGGAGAACAGAAACUGCCAGGAGAAGCUAAACUUUCUCUGCUAUAGGGCCUAUUAGGGGAGGCGAACUUCCUACAGGAUAUAGUGAGUUUGUUUAUGGUAUGAUGUCUGCUACAGCCUAUUAUCACAAGUAGAUUGCAUUGCUCCCCUGUAUUUUAUAUCUAAGCAUGUUUCUGCUGUACUAAUGUUGAUUAGUGGGGUUAAUUUAUUUGAAAUUCUGUUUGUAAAGGCUUUCACCCUUUGUUGUAUAAUUACACGUUCAUAUUUUAUCCCUUUACAUUUAUUUUCCCAUCCUGAGAUGGUUAUUACAAAGUGCAGUGGUCAGCCAAUAAAGUUUUGUCAUUCUUAUUUCA